AAAAGACGUCAGAAGCGAUUCAAAUUUUACCGCGCGUUGCUGCGGAGCGCGACGACAGCUGUUUGUCGUCAUAUUUCAUAUCUUAUUUAGUUUAUCGAAGCAGUUCCGCUUUAAUACUGUACAAUGAUGUCUUCUCGGAGGAGUGAAGCCCUGGCGUCCUCUCUGAUUACUGGGGUCAAUCAUGCAAUGGCCCGGCUUGUGGACAUAUGGGAUAGCAUUGGCAUAAUGGAGGAGCAGAGGGUAGAACGGAUGCAAACCGUGAACAAACAUAUAGAUGAGCUUUUGCAUUCAAUGAUAAUGGAGGAAGAGGCAUUGAGACAUCGCAUCAAAACCGACGUCCUUACCUUCCAGAAACAAUUAGAUACGCUUUGCUUGGAACUGGGAGUGGAGCCAUGCAAAUUGGAGGAAAAACUUACAGUCCUCCAGAUGGAGAAGAACCUGCGGUGCCGCGUUGAAUCUCUUCUAAAGGAGAAGAAUGAACGUUUAAGAGAAAUGAAUGAUUUAAAGAAGCAGGAUGAGGAUUUGUGCGUGACUUUGUGCGCUACACCAUAUUACAUCCCGUCAGGAAGUGUGCCUUCUCAAUCCCAGCUGCAGGAACUGAAGGAGCAUGUUGAAAAACUCAGCAAAGAAAAAGUGAGCAGGGAGAAGGUGUUCUCUGGACUCAGGGAUGACAUCAGGAGCCUGAUGGAUGAGAUGGGACAUGAACCAGAGAGCAGUCUAGAACGGGAGUCCAUCUGCCCUGACACUGAUAUUUUUCUGCUCACACAUGAUAACAUCAAAGCCUUGCAACUGUUACUCAGUCAGCUUCAAAUAAAAAAGGAGUCCUUGUUUUCAGCCAGAGAUAAACUGAAGGAGCGAGCUACAAGCCUGUGGAAUCGUCUGAGUUGUCCUGAGCCUGAAGGCGAGGCGUUCAGAGAGGCUGCCAUGAGCACUCUUUCUGAUGAUAUCAGACGGUGGAAGGGCUACGUAGAACAUCUUGAGGAGCUGCAGCUAGCUCAGCUGGAGGAGGUGGUAAAUAAGGUCCGACAAGAGCUUGUGGUUCUCUGGAACAAAUGCAUGUGUGGACCAGAAGAGAGAGAGCCAUUCAGUGUUCACUUCUCUGAUAAUCACUACACCGAGGAGCUGCUGGCCCUCCAUGACACCGAGCUCCUAAGAAUGAAGGUGUUCUUUGAGGAAGCACAGCCCAUACUGGAAGACCUGGAGAAAUGGAAGAGGAACUGGGCUCUCUUUCAAGAGUUUGAGAGAAAGGCUGCAGAUCCCAAUCGCUUCAGUAACAGAGGGGGGUCUCUGCUCAAAGAGAGUAAGGAUAGGGCCAAAGUACAGAAGCUGCUUCCAAAGCUGGAAGAGGAAUUGAGAAGUCGCAUAGAAGUUUGGGAAAAGAAUCAUGGGACUUCCUUUCUGGUGCUAGGUCAGAGGAUCAUGGAUUAUAUCUCCAGUCAUUGGAAAGAGCAUUGUUUGCAAAAAGACAAGGAGAAGAAUGAACGCAUGACAAAGAAAGCUGAAACCUCUCAGUUUAAAACUCCCACAAAGAGACCUCACGGCACAACGUAUACUACCCCUACCCCUAACAAAAUUAAAAAGACGCCCAACAUGUUGGCAGUUCGCACUGCCACUGUGAGCAGCAUCAGUAGCACCAGCAGCAGCAGCACCAGCGGAGGCAGCUCAUCUACUACAUUUCUGUGUGUGCCAGGAAGACCUCAACUCUCAGCCAAGAGGACUAAGACUACAGAGGGCAGUUCUGGCUCACGUGUGCCGCUGCAGGAGUUCAACAGUGACAAAAAACCGGUUGCGAUGAGUUACUCCGCUUUUACCAGCGAGCUCUCCAGGAAAGCCAACACUGAUGCUUUUCUCAAUUCCACCGUUAAAGACAUGCUUUGACUGGACUGUCAACAUUUUAUGCUUUUAUUUAUUUUUUUAUGAGGUUUAGGUCACAAAUAAUAAGGUUGAGACUGUACAGAAUACAACUAUUCUCAGGUGUUUGUCCUUUCUUUGACCAAUGCAGUGACUUUCCAGAGACAUUGUUUUUUAAAAACAGUAAUUAUAUAUAUUUUUAAAACAUUGUUUACUUGCCUAUUCAUUCUGUGUGUGUAUAUAUAUAUAUUAGCUCAUAAAAGGUCAGUAGUUUCCUUGUUACGGCACUUUUAAUAAAAUGCUUUUCAUACA